AUGUGCCAGGUCGAGACCACCAAGGAUGAAGUGCAGGCCGCUGCCGAUGCUGUCGAAGACGCCACGAACGCCGUCAUCGGUGACCACCUCAACUCGACCGGGUCUAAAGAAGACGCCCUUCGGUCCCUGGUCUCUUCCCUGCAGCAGACGUUGGGGAGGUUCACCUUUAUGAAGGUGUUCUCCACAUUACCCCCCCCUUUGUCGAGGCUUCUUCUUGUUUGCUAGGCAAGAGAAGAAGUCUUCUUGGGGUAGCCGGAACCCGACCGGCUGGCGGCGAGUAGAACCAUCUUUUUUCCAACUAUCUUCUGUGCGUGUGUGCGGGUGCGCCUCUUCCGCCACGCAUUGCCUGAAGUUCCGAGUUCGAUAGGCAGUGCAUCUUUUCUUGGCCCACCCACCGUUUAUCUUUUUCCAUACUACUCCGGAAGAAAAUUAGGUGAGCAGGGGGAUUUGAACCCGUGUCUUCUGCAACCAAAAGCAUAUA